CAGCCUAGACAGGCUCCGGCACAGCACCAGCCGGUAGGGCUCGGGGUGCCUGGGGUGGGUGGCCGUGCCCGGAGCCCCACCUGGGCGGUAGCCCCACCUGGGCCGUAGCGGCUGCGGAGCCCUCCCCUGGAAACACCUCCCGCCCAGGCUGCUGAUCACCUGUCAACGGGGGGAGCGGCAGAGACCGGGAUUUCUCCUCCCUGCUGCUGUUGUCAGGGGAAACAGACAACCAUCUGCAUCUACACCGGCCUCUCCCCGACUCUCCUCUUCCUGCCCAGAAUCCGUGAUCCGUAUGUGAAACUUUCAUUGUACGUAGCAGAUGAGAAUAGAGAACUCGCUUUGGUACAGACAAAAACCAUUAAAAAGACGCUGAACCCAAAGUGGAAUGAAGAAUUUUAUUUUAGAGUAAACCCAUCUAAUCACAGACUCCUGUUUGAAGUAUUUGAUGAAAACAGAUUGGUACCCACAAACCAAGUGUUCCAGCUAUGAAUGUGAAUCCGUUAUUACAUUCUGGACACGAGACGACUUCCUGGGACAGGUGGACAUACCCCUUAGUCACCUCCCGACUGAAGAUCCGACCAUGGAGCGACCCUAUACAUUUAAGGACUUUCUCCUUCGACCAAGAAGUCAUAAAUCUCGAGUUAAGGGAUUUUUGCGAUUGAAAAUGGCCUAUAUGCCAAAAAAUGGCGGUCAAGAUGAAGAAAACAGUGAACAGAGGGAUGAUAUGGAGCAUGGCUGGGAGGUUGUGGACUCGAAUGACUCGGCCUCUCAGCACCAGGAGGAGCUUCCUCCACCCCCACUGCCCCCAGGCUGGGAAGAGAAGGUGGACAACCUUGGUCGUACCUAUUAUGUCAACCACAACAACCGGACCACCCAGUGGCACCGACCAAGCUUGAUGGAUGUGUCCUCCGAGUCCGACAGCAACAUCAGGCAGAUCAACCAGGAGGCCGCGCACCGGCGCUUCCGCUCACGCAGGCACAUCAGCGAGGACCUGGAGCCCGAGCCUGGCGAGGGUGGAGACGGCCCAGAGCCUUGGGAGACCAUCUCCGAAGAAGUGAACAUCACGGGAGACCCCCUCAGUCUGGCGCUGCCCCCACCACCAUCCUCUCCAGUAUCUCGGACCAGCCCUCAGGAGCUGUCUGAGGAACUGAGCAGAAGGCUUCAGAUCACUCCAGACUCAAAUGGGGAGCAAUUUGGUUCUUUGAUGCAAAGAGAGCCCUCCUCAAGGCUGCGGUCCUGCAGUGUCACCGACGGGGUCGCCGAGCAGGCUCAUCUACCACCGCCGAGUGUCCCAACUAGGAGAGCGCGGUCAUCCACCGUCACGGGUGGUGAGGAGCCAACGCCAUCAGUGGCCUAUGCACACACCACGCCGGGCCUACCUUCAGGCUGGGAAGAAAGAAAAGAUGCUAAGGGACGCACAUACUAUGUCAAUCAUAACAAUCGAACCACAACUUGGACUCGACCUAUCAUGCAGCUCGCCGAAGACGGUGCGUCCGGAUCCGCCACAAACAGUAACAACCACCUAAUCGAGCCUCAGAUCCGCCGGCCCCGUAGCCUCAGCUCGCCGACCGUAACCUUAUCUGCCCCACUGGAGGGUGCCAAGGAUUCGCCCAUACGUCGGGCUGUGAAAGAUACCCUUUCCAAUCCACAGUCCCCACAGCCAUCACCUUACAACUCCCCCAAACCACAACACAAAGUCACACAGAGCUUCCUGCCGCCCGGCUGGGAAAUGAGGAUAGCGCCCAACGGCCGGCCCUUCUUCAUUGACCAUAACACAAAGACUACAACGUGGGAAGAUCCACGCCUGAAAUUUCCAGUACAUAUGCGGUCAAAGGCAUCCUUAAACCCCAAUGACCUUGGCCCUCUUCCUCCUGGUUGGGAAGAAAGAAUUCACUUGGAUGGCCGAACGUUUUAUAUUGACCAUAGCAGCCAGGUGUUAUGUGGAGAGAAUGAUGCCAGAGAAUCAGUGCCCUCAUACGAUAGCAAAAUUACUCAGUGGGAAGAUCCAAGACUGCAGAAUCCAGCUAUUACUGGUCCGGCUGUUCCUUACUCCAGAGAAUUUAAGCAGAAAUAUGACUACUUUAGGAAGAAAUUAAAGAAACCUGCUGAUAUUCCAAAUAGGUUUGAAAUGAAACUUCACAGAAAUAACAUCUUUGAAGAGUCCUAUCGGAGAAUCAUGUCUGUGAAAAGACCGGAUGUCCUGAAAGCUAGACUGUGGAUCGAAUUUGAAUCAGAGAAAGGUCUUGACUAUGGGGGUGUGGCCAGAGAGUGGUUCUUCCUCCUGUCCAAAGAGAUGUUCAACCCCUACUACGGGCUUUUUGAGUACUCUGCAACGGACAACUACACACUUCAGAUCAAUCCCAAUUCAGGCCUCUGUAAUGAAGACCAUUUGUCCUAUUUCACUUUUAUUGGAAGAGUUGCUGGUCUGGCAGUAUUUCAUGGGAAACUUCUAGAUGGUUUCUUCAUUAGACCGUUUUACAAAAUGAUGUUGGGAAAGCAGAUAACUCUGAAUGACAUGGAAUCUGUGGAUAGUGAAUAUUACAACUCUUUGAAAUGGAUCUUGGAAAAUGAUCCUACUGAACUGGACCUCAUGUUCUGUAUCGAUGAAGAAAACUUUGGGCAGACCUAUCAAGUGGAUCUGAAGCCCAAUGGGUCAGAAAUAAUGGUGACAAAUGAAAACAAGAGAGAAUAUAUUGACUUAGUCAUCCAGUGGAGGUUUGUGAACAGGGUCCAGAAGCAGAUGAACGCCUUCUUGGAGGGAUUCACAGAACUGCUUCCUAUUGAUUUGAUUAAAAUUUUCGAUGAAAAUGAGCUGGAGUUGCUGAUGUGCGGCCUUGGCGAUGUGGACGUGAACGAUUGGAGACAGCAUUCUAUUUACAAGAAUGGCUACUGCCCCAACCACCCUGUCAUUCAGUGGUUCUGGAAGGCUGUGCUGCUCAUGGACGCGGAGAAGCGGAUCCGGCUACUGCAGUUCGUCACGGGGACGUCCCGGGUACCUAUGAACGGAUUCGCCGAACUUUAUGGUUCCAAUGGUCCUCAGCUGUUUACAAUAGAGCAAUGGGGGAGUCCUGACAAGCUGCCCAGAGCUCACACGUGCUUUAAUCGCCUUGACUUACCUCCAUAUGAAACCUUUGAAGAUUUACGAGAGAAACUCCUCAUGGCUGUGGAAAACGCUCAAGGAUUUGAGGGGGUGGAUUAAGCACCCCCGGCCUCGGCCUCGGGGUGGUUGUUCGUCCAGCAAGUCCUGCUUGCACUUUUGCAUUUGCCUAACAACAGACUUUGCAGAGACCAGGCGGAGGAGCAGCCCCGGCGUGGCUCCUGGAGCCGAGCCUUCGCCCGUGACUUGCCCAGGUUCAGACCCGGGAGCCCAGUCCCAGGUCACGUUCCUGCAUUUUCCACCACGAAUUAUCAACUGGUUGAUGUGUACACGAAUUACAUUUCAGGAGGACUUAUUCUAUUUAUGUUGUGCCUCUGUAGGCAAAGCCCUUAAUAAAUAUUUUACAUACUUUAUAAUGACAAUGAAUGGAAUUAAUCACUCUACAGGUAUAGUAUUACAACUCAUGUUUACUUUUUAAAAAUGAUUUAGACCGAUUUUCAGAUUUUAUUUCAUUAUAAUUAAAGAUGUCUCGUGUACUUGGAAAAGUGAGCAUAUUUUUUUUUGUAUUUGAAUUUCAUACCAGGUUUCAUGUCAGUGACAUUUUUAUUUUUGAAGUACUUUGACUCCCCGCUCCCCUGCCCUACUCCCUACUUGAUUAGCAUUGGAAGACUGAUUUUUGUCCAAAAACCUUCUACAGAUAAGGACUUUGAAAGCAUUUAAAAUAUAACCAUUAGGCAUAACGAUCAUUUUCUCCAUACUCAGAAUACAAACUGGAUAUUACAUUGUUUUGUACAAAUUUAGCAUACUAGCUGCAGGCCGAGAGAAUUGUAACUAUAGCAUGACAAAUUCGGCGCUGACCUGAAGGAAUCACACCAUUACUCCUUAGAAGUAACUCCGUGUGCCAGAGCACAUCUGAGACAGGAUUGGACUCUCAGAAGAGACAUGACUUCCCCCUCCUUGAUGCUGUACAGUCCUUCUUUUAUCACUUUUUUCUUCUUUGCUGUUUGUGGUAGAGACAUUUGAAUGAACCUUGGCACCGCUUGAUUUGAAACUGUGGAAACCUGAGAUCUGUUUGAUGUCUUAUCUGUACGCGUUCGCUAAUGGUAGCCGAAUAACCAAUUUUUGUUCUAACUGCACCAAUUCUGAAGGCACUUUAUGUACUCCAUGGAGGUCAUACCUGGUUUUGUUUAUGUUUUGUUUUUUUUUUUUAUCCGAGACAUUAAAUGUGAUGAUAUUUUUUCUCCCCGCACACAUCUUUCCCGUGCAAUAUCUAUCAAUUGUGAAUCUGGCUGCUGGUGUAGAAAACCUGUCUGUAAAGCUGAGCCUACAGACCUAGUCCUCGCCAAUUGUUCUGUGAUUUCUACGCAACUACCGAGAUUAAUGCACACUUAAUUGAACCGGGUUUCGUGACCUAGGACAUGUUGCAUGCUUCAACACUGUGUACUGCUUGAGUGGUGUCUGUUCUGUGCUGCAUUAAAAGCGAGCGGGAACUCUUGAUUUGACACCCCCGCCCCCGACCCCCCCAAGGUCGGUCAGGCUGUGAAGCUGGUGGGGACCGGGAUGGAGUUGGAUUCUUUACCACUUUGUGAGUGUUCGUUGCAGGAUUCCGUGGUGUGUUGUUGAGAGAAGGCCUGAGGGCCAGCGUGGGUGCUCAGCAACCCUGCUGUCCUCUUAACCUGGCUUGUCCUAAACCCUGUCGUGACAGUCAGGAGCUCUAGAGAUCUGAUCUCUUGCCAGUCCUAGAUAAGACAGAAAAUCGUGGUUUCAGGGCCCCUCCCUGUUUGUUACGUAAAAAGGACCUUUUGAUGUAAGAAAUUCAUUUGUUCCCCAGCUCUGGGAGGCUUGUGAGAAACCACGAAUGUUUGUGGUUGUAAGCGAGCUGCCUUAGCAGGUGCAGAGGUCGGAGCCGUCCGAAAGAAGGUGGGUUUCUACGGAGCUGAAGAUUGGCUCCCUUUUCCCAUUGAUUUAAAAAUCUCCAGUAGUGACGGAGAACUUAGAUGUUGAGUAAUUAGAAAAAAACAACAUUGCUCAUUACUUUUAUCUAUUUGUGGGAUGUGUUUUCCCUUCAGUCACUAUAACGUCUCAAGGCAGAAACCCCCUCCGUGAAGCCUCUCCUGGGCCAGGGGCUUUCUGUCUAGGACUGAGGCCGAAGGCCGUGCUGGGAUGGAUUCUGAGAGAGAUCCAUGUCGCCAUGGGGGAGGAAGCCCACGAUUCUAGUUGAAGAACUGGGAUUCUAUCGUUCUGCAAACUGUAUAUUCAAAAAAUCAGAAUAUUCGGUAUAAAUGCAAAUUUAGGGAAGAGUUAAAAAUACAAAAGAAAAAUCCGUCCUAAGAUCAUUUCCGUGCCAGGAGCAGAUAGGGAUUGUCGAAUACUUGAAAGACCGUAAUUGUGACUGACCAUUCAUCUCCUGCUAACUGCUGGGUUCGGGGUUUGUUUUUGUUUUGUUCGGCUUUUAAUCCACAUAAGAUUCCCUCAUCUCAACAAUUCUCAGUAUUUCACUCUUCGUCUAAAAUAGUCCUAGAUCUUGUUUUCUCUGAAUGCUGACAACCACUCUCCGACAUCUUCACGACAGAGUCAUGGGUGGUGGCUAAGAAAACAAACAGACUGCCGGUCCUUCCCAUCAGCAGGCCCUGGGCAGCGUUGCCUCUUCUGGUAGUUACCUUCACUGGCGCUUCUCCCACGUCCAGGGGCUCUGCACCCUCUGAUCUGACUAUUUUAGUUCCCCGAAGAAGGUACAGGUUAUUAUGGGUCAUUUGGCCACGAGGUUAAGAAGCUAGUCCCAGAGUUAACAACGGCAUGUGAAUGUGAGUUAGCACACCUGCCUGUCGGUCCUGGGUAUUUCCGUCCCUGUCCCUUGGAAAGUCCAGAUUAGCUUCCGAGUGCACUGCUUUCCUGGCAGCUGCCUCUGGAACAAGAAGCCAUGGGGCAUUUGUCUGUUUUAAAGCCCUAUUCAGCUCUGAGACAUUUUCUGUUACUUACUUCUCUACAGCCAGUCCUGUACCACGUCGCAAGAAUGUAAGAUGCUUCUUUGAUUUUCGUUUACAAGGCCCUUUGGUCGAACAUCAGAUUUUCCCUGUGGUCAGAUGACAAAUGCUAUAAAGCGACUGACGUGGGUUAUUCCUCCCACAUAAGGAUGCAGUGACGGAUUCUGAGAAAUGGUUUGCAAAAUAUUUGAACCACAUUCUACAUCUCCCAUCACGAGAUAGACAACAUGUGCCGUGGCUGUUUGAUCUUGCCAGAUCCGGACUGGCUCCCCUGAAAGCCAAGUCCAUAUGCAGCAAAUUACGAAUUGUUCCAACAGUUAACGAAUUGCUUAACACCUGACUCUGGCAUCUUCCUAGGUCUUGUAUCUCACCUCUGAACUUUUAAAAUCUACAGGAAGCGUGAGUUGAUUCCCAAGCCCCUCCCCGCUGUGAUAGCCAACCUCUUCCUUUUUCCUCCUCACCCCCUGGUAUUGACCCACCGGGAGAGGAGGGCACCACUGUCUGGUUAUCAUUUCCUGCCUCGUCAGUAGGGGGCGGUGCCGCGCAGGGUGACUGCCUGGCCCGCUCCCUUGCUGACCCCCAGGAAAUCGAGCACUACCUCUUGUCUCAUUAUUCAGGCUUUGGGGUACAUCCUGAGAAGUCACGUCAAAACUGCCAAUUUCAGGUCUGAGAUGCGUUUUUAAAAAUCCUUACGAACUCCACUUUGUAUUUUAGAUUUUAAAACUGGGAAGACAAUGUGAUACACUUUGGACCAUUUUUUAGUUUAUCUAAGCCUUAACGAACAGUGUAUAUACACUUGCAUAUGCGCGCGCGUGCGCGCACACACACACACACACCCCAAGAGUGUUUUCCGUGUCAGAAGCAAUGCUGUAGCUUUAGGACGUGAGCUUGUGUAAUGUUUUAUUUCAGAAAAGGAUAGCUUUCUAUCGGUAUGAAAUUUUCCAAGAAAACUUCUCAUUAGACAUCUAUCCUUUGUGAAAGAUGCUGUGCGCAGAGCAAUGCAUGUUUAAAAUGCAUGUCUUCUUGUUCGCUGGGUUUAUGUUUCUAGGGAGUAUCAGUAGGAAUCUAACAGCAUUGGCUAUAGACCUCUGUGUACUGCAUCUCAACCUUGCGUCAGAGCAUCGAAAGCCUUUCUGAUGACCAUGACCCUGUGUCUACAGACAUCUGUGUUCCUGUGAUCCAGUUUGCCCUUUCACUCGCUGAUUUCACCUAGAUUGUCACGGUUUCCUUCAUGUUAACUUUGCAGAACUAUGAUUUUCCUUUACUCCUACUUAUGUGAGAUGUAUAUACGUGUAUGCGUACGUAUGCUGUCCAAAUAUAUCCGUAUAUAUUUGUAUGGCAUUUGUACACCUUUCUCGAGAAAUCUGGUUUCGAAUGAGAGUGAGAGCUUAGUCCUUCUACAGUUUUCUCCAAGCUGUGUCCUGAGAUUUCUGACCCUCAGAGCCCGAGAGGACCCCAGGAAAAUGAUGCUAAUGUGCUGUCAUUCCAUAAUUCAGGAUCUUUUACCAAAUGAAACAUGAAAAAAACAGUGACUUUUAAGGUGAAAAGAGUUUCAAGCAUUCCAAAUGAAUUCUCAAUGUUUCAUAACUUUUUAUUAUAAACCCCACCUCCUCAUAAUACAAAGCCAAGUACUAUUUGAUACAGUGAUUACAAACCAAACUACUUUGAAAUUUUUUAAAGACAACUUCUGGGUAACGCUCCUUUUCACAAUCAGAAUGGCUUUAAAAUACGGUUGAAUUUGAUACACACAGGAAAAGUUUUGUUUAAGAACAAAUCCUUUUUGCUUUUCAUUUUUCUUGAGAGAUCUUAAAGAGAAAUUGUUAGAUUGUUUUCCUGACAGCAAAAGAGUAAUGUGACAAAAUGAAGUCGUUGUAAAGAAGUGAUACAACUUGUCAAAUAUUUAAUAAAGAAUUAUGGAAGCUGGAACGUUCUCUA